ACCUUUCGAUGCAGUUUUCAACCUUUUGUCAGGGAUGGUGCUCUUUGGUCAAGUAAUCUUAACGUAGUACUUAUGCCAUGCCGAAUCAAAUCCACCACACCAAGACCUCGAUAUUGCUCGGCCUACGCGUGCCAAUUCUCUUUGUGGUUUGGAUCGCGUCUUCCAUCCGGUUUGUGCAGCUUUCAACAACCACAACAUUUGUCACAGUCGCCAAGAAUAGAGUGCUCGUUGUCGAAAUCGUUUCUCGUCUGCUGCGGGUACUAUAGCUUCCGUACCACGAGUAUGGCCGUCAGCUCCGCAAGCUGGUGACUAAGGGAAUGAUGUAGUGCUGCACGGCGAUAUCUAAGCAGCAAUUCGC